AUGAGGGUUUACUUCGGCUGCUUUGUAACGUUGAUCUUGUACGUUCUAUUUUCGCUGGGAGAUCCUCAAUAUGAGGCCGACAGGAAUCGUAUUCUGGAAACCUUUUACGGUUCCAAUGGGACUCGAGUCUCUUGGGAGAGGAAUAUACAGCAGCUGAUUGACUUUUACCGCCGUUACCCCAAUGCCGUUCCCCAGUCCCAGGCCGAUAAGCAAGAGUUCGAACAGUUCAUCGCGGAAUACAACAAUACUCCAACUCAACUAAUCGACGGAGUGCCACGACAGGGCGGAGUUGUUUCCACCGUUGUUGCAUUUUUGGCCGGUAAACUGGGAUUCCGCUAUAUUUAUAGUCUUUUUACUCAGAAGAAGAAUGAUGAAAAAAAGCAGUUGCCACACUAG